AGUCACCUGUGGCCUGCCUCCUCCCAUUCCUGGACCCGGGCUGCCUUCGAGGCCCUUUAAAUUGCCGGUUGGCAGAGCCCUGGACACAGACUUCAUCAGCAUGGCACGGAGCAUCCUCCUGCUGGGGCUCCUCACCCUGUGGGCACAGCUGCAGGCAGCACCCAUUGCAGAGUUCCAUGGAGUAGCUCCAGCUGGGUGGCCACCACCAGGGCAGCUGGGAAGCACCCUGAGCCUUGAGGCUGGGAAAGAGCCCAGCACGGUGCCUGACAAUGGUGGUGGUGACAGUGACAAAAACAGCUCCAAUAGAAAUGAAAUGCGUGACUCCAAUAGCCAUGAAACUGGUGAGUCCAAUAGCAGGGAAACUGGUGAUGCUGGUAAUAAAAAUCAGCUUUGUGAUUGCAAUGGCCAUGAUCAUGGUGACAACAACAGAGAUAAAGCUGCUGAUGAUCAUCAUGGUGGUGUCAACAGUGACAGUUCCAAUAGCAAUGAAGGUGGUGAUGAUGGUGAUAAAAAUGGCCUUUCUGAAGGCAAGGACAAUGACAAUGGAAAUGGUGACAGUGACAGUGGUGAUGAUGGUGUCAACGGUGACAGUUCCAAUAGCAAUGAAGAUGGUGAUGAUGGUGUUAAAAAUGACCUUUCUGAAGGCAAGGACAAUGACAGUGAUGAUGGUGAUGAUGACAGCGAUGAUGGCAAUGGUGAUAGUGAUGAUGGCAAUGAUGAUGGUUAUGAUCUCAUCAAUGAUGAAAAUUCCUAUAGCAAUGAAGAUGAUGAUGAUGGCAUCAAUGAUGAAAAUUCCUAUAGCAAUGAAGAUGGUGAUGAUGACAUCAGCAGUGACAGUUCCAAUAGCAAUGAAGAUGAUGACUCCUAUGACAAUGAAUAUGAUCACUCCAAUAGCAAUGAAAACGGGGCUGAUUAUGGGGGUUGGAGAUUUUAGAUUGUUAGGGUGUAAUUGCCCUGGGAUUUUCAGAGAUUUUUGGGCUCCUCUUUUGUGGCAUCCAGCUCAGGCUACCAGAUUUCAUGCUUGAUCUAUGCCAAUAAAUUUAUCUAGUGAUCAUGAGAGCUUAGUGUCAAAAAUUUCUUUACCAGCUUGCCAACCCAAGGGGGGCACUUGUUCACUUGCCCAUUUUCUUCCAAGCACCAGAUAUCCAAAUUUGCAGCAGUGGAUGGUUUCACCCAGGAGCUCUGGAGUAAGGAAGGACUGAGUAGUGAGUGUCAAAUCUCUAAGGGAGGUUCAAGUCCUGCCUUCAACAAGUUUGAGUUUUGUGGGUUUUGGGAAAGAUGAGCUAUGUACUUGGCAUAAAGAAGGGGAUGCCCUUAGCUCAGGCACUGCAGAACAGGGAGAAGAUAGUUGGCACUACUAAAUGAUCUCUAAAACUCACAGUGAUAUUAUGCCAGGAGGAAUGGCCAUAUAUUACUUGACAUCCUGGGGCAAAACCUGCAGAAGUGUGGCCCACACAGGGGGUUUCAAAGAGACUGUUUUGAUUUGCCUUCAACUUAGAUUACAGGAUUGGUACAAAGGGCAGAGGGACUGUUGAUAUGUAUGGGAUAACUGAGCUUGGGAAAAGCAGCAGCUCAGGAGUGGGGUUGGUACAUGAUAUCCUGAGGUAAAUUCCAGCCCAGACCCUGCUCCUCCCUGUGUGCCCACUGAAAAAGAUUUUCCACUGUCUGUUCCUGUUGCUUUGCUUUCUAUGCUCACUGCUACUUCACCUGCAACUGCCCCAAUCCCAUCUGGACAAAUUCUGUGAGUACUGUUAUUAAUGGGCAGCCAGAAAUUGUUUUAACUUAUCUCCAUUGACCCUGGAUUCCAGGAGAUUUAGUGUUGUGGGCUACUAACAUGCCAAGGCUGAGGGAAGAUGCAGAGCAAUGUGCUCAAUGAUUUUCUUUCAGAUUUGUGCUCCACACGAUGAAAACUGGCAGGAUUGGAAAGCUGUGGAAGAAAAGCUAAAGGUGGCCAGGGAUUCUGUAAAAGAUGAAAAGAGCAAAGGAGUUUUUUGUAAGAUAUUAGACACCUGCACAGAAGCUGCCUGUUAGGAUAGGAAAAACUAUAGCAUAGAGAAAUAAGAUCUGAGAGAGAAACAGAAGGUUGGAAAGAAGCUGUAUUAUUGUCUCUGAAAAUUGAGAGGCUGCAUAAACAGGAAGAAAAGCUACAGGAAGAAAAGGGAAAAAAAUAAAAGUCAGAAGAAAAGAUUGAAGUUAUAUUUAUGUGGACUUCUUGUCCUCCAGCAUUGCAUAGAUUAGAAAACUGUUAUCUCCUGAAGAAUGAGAUUGGAAACAUUUGGAGUAGCCCUGACCAUAGUGAACCUGGAGAAGAUUGUUCUUUGUUUCCUUCAAAUCCCCCUGAAUAUGAAACCAGACUCAUUAGAGAAACAGAAGAAACCAGUGGACCUUAGGAUAGAGUGGGAAAUUAUACUCCAAAGUGGCCCCAUUUGAUUUGAUUUAGAUGACUGAUCUGCAAGAGCACUAUGGCUGUAAGCCAGGCCAGACUGAAUCUGGCAGCUGAAAUCCUAUUAAGGCAGACAUAAUAAUGGUCCAGACAUUCUGAUGCUAUUGGACAAAAAUUAAUACAAUUUUUAACAGACAUGGGAGCAUGAGAUUCAAUUUUAACAGAAUGUUGUUGGGUGUUCAACCUGGUCAGCAAAGAGUUAAAGUUACUGGAGUAAACAGAACAAGUGCCAAAAGCCAAACCACCCAGGUUAAUCCAUGGCCCCCGGGUGAGAACACGAGUGGGCGUGAAGUGUGUGUCAGCCACUUGCUUUGCACUCAGAGAUCACAAUGAACAUUUGGCUUCUGGUGUUCUGGAAGGCCAGACGUGGUGUCUGCUGUCCAGCAGGGUAUGUCCUGUGGCUCAAAUGCCAGCCCUAACCCUGAAUCAGGAGGCUGCAGCGUGUGCUCUGUGCAGCACCUGCACUCCCUGAGGCGACAGUCACUAAAGUACCACAGUGCCCAAGUUCUGCUGCAGCACAAAAUGGGAUUUCUGCAGCCACACACCCAUGGGUGGCAGCACUGGGUAUGAAAGAUGUGUCCUUUGUAGCCCCUUAUUAGAGCAGAAAACAUAAAUGGCCAUUUCCUUGAGAAGGGACAAUAUACCUUUAACAAACUCCCAUUGUGGUGUAAGCAUUAGCUGAUUGUUUAUAGUAAUUCCCCUGGCAAGAAACCAAAUUAAGGGAAAGAAACCCCAGAAUGUGAGGGAAGACUGUGACUAGGGAAAAGCUAGAGGCUGUAGCAAAGCUGGAGACUGCAGAGAAGCUGGAGACUGGUGGGAAGGUGGCAUCUGGGAGGGAUCUGUGCUGGGGGAGAAGCCAGAGAAGCCUGAGGAGGGAAAGAAUCCUGGGUCUGAGCAUGGAUCUGACAGGGAGACGGAUGAUGGCAAUGAUGGUGGUGACAACAGUGAUGAUGAGUGUGCUGAUCAUGACUGUUGAAAAUGUUUAUUAUUUGAAAGUAGCUGAGUGCUUGUUUGAUAUCAGGAGCUGGACCUGGUGCAAGUUGAACUUUAUCUGAACCCUAUUGGGUUUGUUGUGUAGGUAAAAGACAGAGAGUAGUGAAACCCAGGGCUGACAGUCUGAACAUCAAUACUAGAAUAGAUGAAGCUGUAGCUUAAAUGUUACUUAAAAAUGAACAGCUGGGGUGGACAGCCCAUAGAUCAUGGUGUAUGAACUGUAACAACCAUAUUGUAACAUGGACCACAGAUCUGAGUGAAACCCCCACCAAAACUGACCUCAGAGGGUGUGGAAAUGUGGCAGCCACUUGGUAACAAAACAGGCAAUGAAGAGUGAGAAGACCCCAGAGCCUAAGAAGAGUCUUGAUCUGGACUGUCGUGUGAGGGGUGGGGAGUUUACACUCUAAGGGUGUAAUUGCCCAGAAAUUUCUUUGUUUGGAGUCCUCCUUUUGGGGCUGCAGCUCAAGCUACCAGAUUUCAUGAUUGAUCUGUGCCAAUAAAUCUGUCUGAUGGAGGUGA